AUUGGAUGCGAUUGCGGUGCUUUGCGAUAAAGAUUUUCGUUAAAGCUGCGCCAAUUAUAAUUGUGCAUUGACCAAAACAAAAAUUACUUUUGCGUUGCUGCCAAGAAAAAAAGAAGAAAGUGAAAGUAUUGUGAAAUUUUCAGCGAAAAACGGAAAAUUCGUGGAAGGUAUUUUGAACUCUCUUUUUAACUAAGUACUCAGUCGCACCUGCACCAAUGGCUGAUCUAGUUUAAUUCAAAACCUUAUUGUAUACGUGAGAAACCAAAGCAACGGUGUUUAGAAAUAUUUGAAAACGUGUUAGUAGCCGGAAAGCAAUAUCUGUAACUAGAAAUGUCGUGGCAAGGCGGCCCAGCGUAUCAAGACCCCAAUCAACAAUAUUAUGGCGGCUAUCCACCACAAGGAGGCUAUCCACCACAAGGAGGCUAUCCACCGCAAGGAGGCUAUCCACCACAAGGAGGUUAUCCACCUCAGGGAGGUUAUCCGCCUGCAGGAGGCUAUCCGCCACAGGGUGGUUACCCUCCUGCAGGAGGAUACCCGCCCGGUGGUUACGCACCACAACCGGGAUUUGUUGUUCCACCUCCCGGCGGUAGUGGAUAUGGCGCUUACGAUGAUCCCGAAGGACAACCAAAGAAUUUUUCAUUCGAUGACAUGAGCAUACGUAAAGGAUUCAUACGCAAAGUCUAUAUGAUACUAAUGGGUCAGCUUGUGGUUACUUUUGGUUUUGUGGCUCUGUUUGUUUUCCAUGAACCCACUAAAAGAUUCGCCUAUCAGAAUCCAGCUAUCUUUUGGGUGGCGUUGGCCGUCUUGCUUGUAACAAUGAUAUGCAUGGCAUGUUGCGAAAGUGUGCGCCGCCAGACUCCAAUGAAUUUUAUUUUCCUCGGUUUAUUCACGCUGGCUGAAUCCUUCCUAAUGGGCGUUUCCGCUAGCCGCUAUGCACAGAAUGAAGUACUUUUGGCAGUGGGAAUUACAGCUUUGGUUUGCCUUGCUUUAACAAUUUUUGCCACACAAACCAAAUAUGAUUUUACAAUGUGCGGUGGUGUUCUGGUUGUUGCAAUGGUCGUAUUUCUCAUAUUUGGUAUCGCGGCUAUAUUCAUAAAAGGCAAAAUUAUAACACUGGUUUAUGCUUCUAUCGGUGCUUUACUCUUCUCUAUUUACCUCAUUUACGACACUCAACUCAUGAUGGGCGGAGAACAUAAGUACUCGAUAAGUCCAGAGGAAUAUAUCUUUGCUGCACUCAAUCUUUACUUGGAUAUUGUAAACAUCUUUAUGUACAUUUUGACAAUAAUAGGCGCAUCUAGGGACUAGAAGUGAAUACAUUAAAGGCUCACAUAGCAGAUGAGUGAGCAGUAAUCAGAAUUGGCUGCAUAAUAUUUUCCAAUUCUUUCCAUUUUCUUAAAAUUUCCUUUAAAAAAAAGUACAUGUUUUUGUGCAUAUUCGAUUGUAUUGUUUUAGAUAUUUUAUAAGUAACACGAAUCUCAAUUCAGAUUAAUUUCGAAAUUUUUACUGUGCUAAUUAAGUACAAACUUUAUGUCAUGUCAAAAAUGUAUUUGCUUCUCGGUCAAAUCUUUCCAAAAUAAUAGCACAGUUAUUAACAAUUGCUUAGAAAUUGGUAAAUGCAUUUUUGUAAAACUAAAUUUAUACAAAUAAUCGGUUAAAGACUAAUGUUCUUGUAAGUAUUUAUCAAAGUAAUGCGAUCUUGCUAUACUUUAGUUUUUUUUUUUUUAUUUUGUUUUGUUUUGUUAAAUUUUCGUUAAGAAUAUCACUAAAUACCAGUAAAAAUAUUAACCAAAAAAUGGAAACAGUUUACUCGUUAUAACUAUUAUAAACAACUGCAUACGUAUGUAUGUACAGAAUUAAGUAUGUAUGGUACGUAUGCAAUAUUUACAAAAUCAACUUGAGAAAUAUUUUGAUUUUUGGUUUCUUGAGCUACUUAUGGAUUUUGUAUUUUCUUGUUAAUUGUAGCAUUCAAAAAUAUUUAAUACGAAAAAUACAUUUGAUAAUUAAAAAAGUUUUCGAUUUUAAUAUUUGCUGUCACGGUAUUAACGAAGGCAAAUAAUAGUACUGAAUCUAUGUGCUUAUUCCAAAUAAAUUGAUAGAACGACUAAGGAGUUGUUAUUAUUGUUGCAGUACUGCGACUAUGGAAUUCCUUACUGCGGUUUACACGCAAGUCGUAAUUUUUUAACAAUUUACUGCGCUACAUACAUAUAUGUAUUAAAAAACAAUCACAUGAAAAGUUGUAACAAGCUAAUUAAAAUGGUUGAGCUCGUCAAAUGUUUACUAUACCGGUUGAUGAUUGAAUUACAUUUAAAAUUAUAUAUGUACGUAAUUGCUAAAACAAACUCAAAUACCAAGAAAUAAAGUAUUUAUUCUGUAUAUAAAA